CCCACACCCCACUUUCUCUCUCUUUCUCCCCUUAACCGCUUUAACCCUCACCGCCUCUCUCUCUCCUCCCCUUAGUCGACCCACACCGCACAUUACUCUCUUUCGCACGGAAGCAUCGCCUCCUCCAGCUCUCUCUCUUACCGACCCGUAUAAAUACAAAGUAUACCCCAACCCUAAUUGUCAACCAGCCGUUCUCUCUUCUCUCUGUUUCUCUCUGUUUCUCUUUCUCCUCCCCGCGCUCAAAUCCUUGCCUCCUUCCUAAAUACAGGCUAAAUUAUUGAAUAUGACAAUGCCCGAGGAUGGGAAGAGUUGGAUAUUGCAUAUGCAAAUGGGCAGGCAACUAUUGGCUUUGGAUAUUGUCAAAUUGAUGGAGUGGUCUAAACUGCACAAGUCUCGCAGGCCACCAAAGCCCGAGUUCAAACUGUUGCACAACGGAUUUUAUCCCGACCAUGACAGCGACAACGAGGGCAGCCGCACAAGCACAACCCGCCCACGCUCUCUUCCAUGGGGCAUGAGAUAUGUCAUGGUCGACUCCAAGCCUUAUAUUGUUGGAGGACAAUUUAGUCUUCAACCCCCUUCCUUUCCUAAACCCCUGUGGGAAUCUCCACAUAUCUACAAUCAUCCGGCUUUGGAUGAUAUCCGCCCUCAUUUCGAAGCGUUGAAGAAGGCUUAUAAAGCCCCACCCGAUUGGGCCAACCUCGAUGUUGUAUCCUAUGUGCAAGUCUAACCUUCCCCGCAUGUGUGGUCCGAAGCUCCAACCCUUCGUGGCCACCAUUGACGACAAGAUUUAUGUCUUGUCUACAGAGUACAGAGGAAAGGACGUCCAAGAAACCUCACCCGCCCUGUUUGAGGUCUUCCAUCCUUCCCUUCUUCUUUGGAAAGUUCUACCGAAUCCUCCAUUCAUCGUUGAUGUUAAGAUUGAGGGUGUAUUCAUGGAUUGCUGCUACACAUGGGAUAAGAAUCUCAUUGUUCGAGACCGGAUGACUGGCCAACGCUAUCAGUUUGACACUAGUUCAGAAAAAUGGCACGAAGAUUGUGGCAUCAUGGGCGGAAUGUAUGCCCGGGGAGGUUUAGCACAGUAUAAGGAUUUUCUCCUUUUUCCCCAACUAGGGUGUGUCUGUAGUUAUCGAUCGGGUUGCGGUGGCCUUUCCUUCGACUCUCAGGAGGUGGAUGGGCUCCGGAAGAUAUUCCGUCCCCAUAUAAACAACUGCACUUCUUUCAUCACCCAGUUUGGCGAGGAAGACCUUAUGUGCAUCGUGUGCUCCGGCUUUGACAAGCUGGGUUUCUGCUGUUGCCGUGUCGCAGUCUUCAAGGUGUCGAUCGAGGGCUUUCCUGAGAAUCCAUCCAUUCGUGCUGAUGUUGUAGCCGAAGCAACAUACUAUUUCAGUGAUGAAGUCAUUCCCGACGAGAAAAUCUUCCAAGUGUUUGCCAUGCGUGAUUAUGCAAACAAGCUUGAUGACUUGGUCGAUGCAAGUUGUUUGAAGGAGGAUCUUCCUGGGUUGGAUUGGGCGUUGGCUGCUGUGAAGGGGCGGGGAAGAAAGCGCGAGGAGGAGGCGGUGCUGGUGAGUGGAAUGAAAGAAAUUAUUUGGUUUGUUUUUGUUUGCUUUAGGUUUGUUUGUAUGAUAACAAUGUUUCUUAUGGUAUAAUGAUGCAGGAAACUAGGAGCCAAAGGAGGAGAGAGAACUGAUCCUGAAUGCAUUAUGCAUGCAUGCAUAUUUGUUUCUAACUUUCUACUGCUUAACAUGAAAAUAAAGUCUCUUUUACAUUAGAUAAGUAGACAAUGGGAAAACCUAUAAUUAGAAAAGAUGGCAUAUACUCAGAACUCAAUCAAGACGAUGCAAAUAUGAUCGAAACAAUCCACAAACAGGACUUUCGAUUCCAUGGGAGGACCAAGAUCGACAUAAACCACCACUUACAGCUUGGUCGGAAGCACCAAUGUAUUUAUUCACCAAGUCCUUAGAUGGAUAUGGUCUUGAUCGUACAGGAACUGACGACUACCAUGCAAAGCCUGUAAUGGAUCUUUAUGCUGUAUUCAAGUCAAGAACAAAAUCAUUGGACUGUUGUUAUUCUAACAAAUUAAAAAUUGUCCCAAUAAAAUUUUAUUGGAAACCUG